AUGGAACCUCUUUUCAGGUUUCAGUCUCCGGUAGCCCAAGAUCCCCAGGCACCAAGCAUACUUAUUGCGCAAGCAUCGGACUAUCAAAACAACCUCGCCAGUCGUGCAGCGCGUAGCACGCCUGCUAAGCUUAGAGAGAAUCUCGCCGCGGCUUCUCGAGAUUUCAUCAAUGGCAAGGACUUUGUCCCGGAGCCUCCAGCCCCUGCUUCAUUUGGAGAUAAGUUGCUCCGAUUCGGGAAGUUAAUCGACGCAGUCAUGGGAAAGGGAACCUUGGAAGUUCAGGAUAUUUCCCAAGCGCUGACCAAGGCUUUCAAUGAUAGUGCCACAAACAUUGUGAAAAGCGACGAUUUCAAGAAACUGACAAUCAAUCUACGAGACUCAAUUCUUGCAAUUAAGUUUGUCCAGGCAUGUGACACGUCGUCUUUCACCAUAGAAGCGCACUAUCGUCCCAUUGACAGGCUCACCAGCCAACUUCGUGACCUCGAACUGAUCCAAAAGUCUGCAGACUCGAGUCCUGCCGAAAACCUCUUAAGGUACCGAUCUCGCUCUCUACAACUCCCAGACAUUGCUCGUUUGGACUCGAUCCUUUCAACCCAAGAUGCAGCCAAGGCUAGGGAUCAGCAACAGCAGCGAGCGCUCGAACUGGAAAAGAAAGCUCAGGGCUUAAUUUCUCAACACCGUGACCUGAAGGCCGCAGUCAUGGAGCUGUCUUAUAUUGACUUGGCCCAUUAUCAAGUGUCAGAUCAGCGCGACUUUGCAGGCUUCAAAGGCAACGACAGAUCGAAUGCAACUGCCCUUGCGACUCAUCAAUUGGACUUUCGGGCAAGCCUAGAAACCAAGAAUCUGUCUCAAUAUGAUUCUAGUAUCGACAGAAGCAAAGCUGCAGCUACAGAUCCACUCAAAUUGGUAGAAACUGCUGGCGCACAAUCGGCGAUGAAUCUAACCAAAAGCUUGCUGGACCUACCAGCUAUACUUCCGUUCAAAUCGCAACAGCCAGAGAUGAGACAUCCGGCUGCAAAUCUCCGUCUGAAACCAACAGCAUUGGCGGCUCUUUCACCUAAGACCCAGAGUGCGCUUCAAGCACGCCAAAUCGCAGUUGAUAGUGUUCCAAUGAAAAGUCUGCUUCAUAGGCUUCACCAAGAACUUGAUGAAGUGCAGAGCGCAGUCUCAAACUUGGCCCCGACAUACCAAGCGACCAUCUUUACUCACGUGGGGAAUGCUGUGGUUGCGACCCAGACCUUGGUCGCCAGUCAAGCCACAAAGAUACUGUAUGGAGAUCAUGGCUAUGGUGAUGAAAUAUCUGCCUUACCACGGAUCUAUACUUUCUCGCAGCCGAGCGUCCCGACAACGAGAGGUAAAGCAUCACCUGCAGGCAUAGCGGAUCUGCUCGUGGUCAAGCAGCAACUGAAAGGGCACGAGGCAGCGGACCUUGCGCAUAUUGAGAACGCCUUGAAGGGUGAGUGUCGGUUGCAUGAAAUCACUAGCACGCGUCGUACAGAGGAGGUUGUGUUCUCAGAAGCAGAAACAACGUCCACGAAGAUCCAGGAAGUAGGCUCGAACUCGAGGUUCGAAAUGAGCCAAGAGACUUCCAAUACAAUCAAGGAGGAUGAGUCAAUGAAAGCAGGUUUACAGAUCUCGGCUUCCUAUGGGCCAUUCGUUUCCGUCUCGGCGUCAGUCGAAGGUGCGAUGUCCCGGAGCAAAGAGGAAGUAACAAAGACUGCAUCCAAAUUCGCAAAAGACAUUACAGACCGCAGUGAGCAAAGGAUCACGGAGCGUACGCUUCAGCGUAAGCAGAUAACUACUACAACUGAGAAUGUCGACAAAGAAGGCCAUACCAUCGACAACUCCAAAGGGACAGGAAACGUCGCAGGGGUUUAUCAAUGGGUCAAUAAGGUAUACGAAGCGCAGGUGUACAACUAUGGCCUUCGCACGAUGUUUGAUUUCAUGAUUCCGGAGCCAGGCGCUUUCCUGAUCGACACUAUGACCCACAUGGCCAACUCCAAGGUGUUGCUGAAGAAGCCGAUAGACCUUUCGGUCACGGCGGAAUCUCUCCAGACCAAUAACUAUCUAUAUUGGGCUAAAGAAUAUCAGGCCACCGACGUCACCCCUCCACCAGAACCUUUCAUCACCAAAACUGUCGCCGUCAACAAAGAGGGGGGCUCUGAAGGAGGCACCAAUGUCACUCACUUCACUGCAAGUGGUUCCAUUGCCAUCGACACCGGGUACGAAGCCGUUCAAGGAUCAGUGGUAGGAGGGUGGGCUGCGGUAGACAAUACCGCCUGUGUUACCGUCCAUCUGGGCGCCUAUGCCAUUACCGUUUCUGGUUAUAUAUUCUGGUAUCCUCUCCUGAAUGGUGAGACACAGAGUGUCUCCUGGGCCAUGGAGUCCACCAUGGCAAGUGCCGUGAUACUGACCAUCCAGAUAACCUGCCGCGCUACGGCGCGGGCUAUGAUCGCCUGGCAGGUUGAGACUUUCGGCAAGAUUAUGACCGCGUAUAAAGCUCGACUGGCAGAAUAUGAAGACAAGCUGGCUCAACUCCAGUUGCAAGCAGGCGUCAUGAUUGCAGGAAAAAACCCAACUACCAACCGAGCCAACAUGCAGGACGAGCUUAAGAAGAAUUGCAUCUCUAUUUUGACCAACCAGCACUAUGAACUGUUCGGGUCAGUAGAUACAGACCCUAUAACGGGGGCCUCACAGAUUGAUAUCGCCGAAGCGGAAGCAGAAGGUGCUUAUGCACGUUUUUUCGAACAAGCCUUCGAGUGGGAACAGAUCAUGUGGGUGACAUACCCGUACUUCUGGGGCCGGAAAGGCAAGUGGCAGGAUCGACUUCAGUAUGACGAUCCGGAUCCUCUGUUCAACGACUUCUUGAAGGCCGGAUUUUGCAGAGCCAUGGUCCCUGCUCGCCCUGGUUUUGAGGGAGCCAUUGAUCACUUCCUCACAUUUGGCGAGCUUUGGAACGGUGGUCCUCUCCCUCCCAUAUCCAGUCCCUUGUAUCUGCCCAUUGCGGAAGAGAUCGCUGAGCAUGCCAAGAGACCCGGCACCGAGGUGCCAGUAGGCGACCCGUGGGAAGUCAGAGUACCAACAACGUUGGUAAAGCUGCGUCCAGACGACAAGCUUCCAGCCUGGCACAAAGAACCAAGUGGUGCAUGGGUCCCAGAUGCAUAA